AUGGACGCAGCCUAUAGUGAGAAAGACAGCGCAUCUAGCAUGUCAGACCCUGACGAACACCACGAACUUCCACCAGCCGUCAACGCUGCGUAUUAUCUACAUCAUCAAAAGAAGAUCGAAGUUUUUCGUGCUUUCGAACAUGUUAUAUCGGGGAUAAGAGAUGGAACUUUCGACCACAAAACCGAUGACGAGAUUCCAGUGUUACCUGUCCGGGGUGAAUACACAUUGUACUCUCCACAAUACGUGGCAUUGCACUACAAGAACAACCCGACACUUUGGACCAAACAGUUUGCCGACAUAUGGACCGCAGCGGAAGAACUGGGUGGUGGUACUGAGGAAGACGACUACAUGUUCGUUGGGAUCUUGGAUAGGACAGAGGAAGACAUGGAAAUCGACGGAUUCGUGAAGGACUAUUGCAGCAGACCAGUACCGCACUACGAAGCGCCGUUUAUGUCCACUUUACCCCAAGGUCGAACUCGGUACCUUCCGCCAACUUGUCUAGGCAGCGACGAACCAAGCACGCCUGCUAGCCCCCUAAUCCACGAUAAAAUGGAUCCUACUACCGGCCAGAACCAAAGCCAAAUGUCACCUCCUGCAAUUAACAAUCUUGAGGCUGGCAAUGCGAGCCUCACAACCGCUGAGCUAAACGUAGGAAACUCGGUCAACGGUUACGAGGAAGCUCUUGCCAAACAGUAUGCCCACCAAGCCAAGAUGGCACAGUCUGAGUGGAUCAUGCGUGGGUCAAUCCGCAGAGAUCACGCCUCAGACGUGGAACGUAUUUCGAUUACACCACCGGGACUUUAG